CAAAAAUUAAUAAUCCAACUCGCUCUUGAGUAGCAUCUUGUGCUUUCUACAUUAUGUCCUCAAAAAUGGCAAUCUUUCAUAAUGAUGCUACUCAAGCUUUAGUAAAUAAGAUAAACGAAACGAUGCUCGUACGAGCUGUCGAUAAUCCAUGCUCCAUUAUUUCUCAUUCUGCUUAUGACACUGCAUGGGUAGCCAUGAUUGGUCAUCCAAAACAUAAAUAUGAGAAACCCAUGUUUGGGAGUUGUUUAGAGUGGAUUCUAAACAACCAAAACUCAGAAGGGUUUUGGGGAGAGAGAGAUUGUAAUGGAAAUCCGACCAUUGAUUCUCUUCCUGCAACUUUGGCUUGCAUGGUUGCACUAAAGACGUGGAGUUUAGGCCAUCAGCACAUUGAUAAAGGAUUGACAUUCAUAAUGGCUAAUUCAACGAAGUUUAUUGAGCGCAAAGGCAAACUUCAGAAGUACCCUCGUUGGUUUGUUAUAGUUUUUGCAGGAAUGGUUGAACUUGCUCGACGUAAGGGCCUAAGAAUCACAUUUGAUGACGAGAUAAAAGAAACUGUUUCCCUUGUAUUUCGCCAACAGCAGGAGAUAUUCAAAACGUAA